CUAAGGGAAAAGAUUCUAAUCUGAGCAUGAGUAAAAGAUUUGAAAGUGGUGCUAGCAAGCGCAAGAGAAAGAGACUUGAAAAUGAUAUGGUAAAGAAGUUAAGACCAAUCAAUGCUUUCUUGGAUCAGCCACUGACAGAGGCAGCAAGUGCCAGCGGUGAAGCAGAUACAUUGAUACUAACACAAGGAAAUCAGUGUGGUGGAGCUAUCCAGCCAACUACUAGCAUUCAACCAGAAGAAAAACUCCCUGAAACAGAAACAGCGAAGCAGGACGUGGAACAGCAAGCUGAAUAUGAGAAAACAGCCAUGAUGCCAGCUCAAAAUGAAAAUAUAGAACUAAUUCAGGAGUCACUUAAUGGACAGGGAGAGGCUAAAGAGCGACAAGAAAAUAAUGUGGAUAGUCAGAAUUUCCAGCUCACACCUGAUAAGAUAGGCCAAGUCCAAGGUAUUCCAGACUCAGAUAUAGAUGAUGCCAAACAUAGAUCUACUGUAACAGAUGUUGGUUUGUGGACAGAAUUAUCACAUGAGGAUGUAUCCUAUUGGGUAGAAAGGGGCCCCUCUCAAGUUCAGCAUCGUUGUGGACCACUUUCAAAUUCCAAGCGAGUGUCUAAAAAGCAGUCUAGGUUUUGCACAAAAGCUCUUUUUUACUCCACAAAAGUCAAUGGAGAAACAUAUAGCCGAGAGUGGCUUGUGUAUUCUCCCUCAAAAGGCCGGAUAUAUUGCUUUGUUUGUAAACUCUUUCCAAACAUUGCAUCUUCUGCUACAUCUUUGGCUUCUGAAGGGUUUGAUAAUUGGCAAAACCCCCGUCUUAUCCAAACUCAUGAAAACUCAGAGAAGCACAGGAAUGCCAUGUUGACCUACUUAACAAGAAAGCGAGGACAAACGUUAACUUCAACGUGGGGGUGGAGGAUUGGGUGGGGCCUCACAAGUGGAAAAGCCUAG